CUCGCGCUUUCUUACCACGAGUAUACUAAAGUAUCUGCGCUAUCCUUCUACUCUUCUACAAUUUAAUCCCUUCUCAUCCCCCUUUAUAUCUCCCUCUCCUCCUCAUUCCUCUAUCCUUCUACUCCUAGGGUCAGGGUCCUUUGGUGGGCUAGCUUGUACUACCUUGUAGUUAUUGUAGCAUACGGUAGGUAUCCUUGUUUCCCUCAUCGAGGCGGAUGGUGUAGGUUUGAUGCGCUCAAUCAACCAUGAUAUCUCGAGCUACUUAUAUAUGCCAUCGCUGCGUAUUCCGUCGGUCGCUGCAGUCUGCGCUCCAGCUUCGGGUCCAGUCUACCGGUCCAAAAUUCCUUGCGGAUGGGCUUUUACGUCGAGCCCAGCAACUCAGCAAUGAACACUCUGAAUUGGAGAAGCAAUUGGCGGAUAACUACGAUAAGAAACUUGCGACUCGAGCUGGCCGAAUAUCAAAAUUCCAUAGCCGCAUACCUUAA